GUUGUCAAAUUUAAGUUUAGCUUUAGAGAAUCAUGCCAGAAUCGACAUCAUUCUUUGUUAAUUUAACACAUUUGAAUCAAAUUUUGUUCUAAUACUUACUAUAAACUGAUUUAUUGUUUUUGACAACGCGAACAUCUUACGGAGCUCCGUUUAUCGUCCAAUGUACCUUUUGGACAGGUUUCGUCCUCGAUUUUGUACGUGUUGUUGUAUCUAGGGUAUUUAAUAUCGUUGAUCUAAAAUCCUUAUUCAUAGCUUGGAAUACUACAUUGUGUUUCGUCUGGACACAGAUCUAGGAAGUUAUUAUUGUUUUCGGGCAUCUUACGCCAAACUAAUGCCAAACGCAGCGUCGUUAGCAUAUUUUAGAUGGAAAUUGCAUUUCAAGGGUUAAUUUAAGGUGAUAUUCUCUUUCUGAAAAUGAAACGAAAGUUUUACAGUUCAUCUUUCACAUUAUUGUGAAAAAUAUUGUAAUCCUCCUUAAUAAUAUCAGAAGCCAUUUCUGCAAUCAUCAUGACAGCGGCAUUUGUGUUAACACUUGGUAUGGUAGGCAUUAUGCUUGCAUCUACUACUCUCAAUCCACUCAAACCAUAUACACCAAGAUUGUUGUUUACAACGGCUCGUAAGUCUUCACUAUCACCCAUUUUCGCUGUACCAACAGGGUGGUAAACAUUGUACGUCACCGUUCUUGCCAUGCAUUCCCAAUAAUCAUUACUGGCAAAUUCAGUGCCAUCACAAUCUUUGUGUUGUAUCCUUUUCAAUUCAGCUUUAGCUUCCUUAAACGUUGGAGUGUUAAUUAUAUCCGUUAAUCUCUUUAUACCAUCAACAAAAGUUUUCAUAUCACGCUUAUCACUGAAAUAUUUAGGAUAUAUUUUUGGAAAAUCUGCAGGAUUUCUCGAGCGUAACUCAAUUUUGCCUCGCGAAAACGGUCUACAUAAAGAUACAAAAAAUAUUAUUAAUUCCUUCUCGGAAUUAAAAUUUGAGAACUGUUCACAUAUAUCAUCUUGGAAGGACAUUAUAUCUUUACACAUUGAGUACACAUAGGAUGUGUUAGGUACGAAAUAGUUGUGAUCAAUUUGAACAUCAGGUAAUUCUUUGCCAUCAGGAACUGAGUAAAAUGCAUUGAUAUUUGGUUGAUCAUAAUUGGUGGCAUGUGGACCGGUCUGAUCCAAUAAAUAUUGUGCAGCAGCUAUCAACCAGUACUUGUUAUCUUUCUCUUUAGCUCCAGUAUCGAUUGUUACUGGGAUCGGUAUUCUAACAUGGUCUUGAAGGUUUUUUCCAACUGCCAUAUGUUGUACUACUUUAAUACCCAAUUCCUGUAGAUGGUUUUUUGGUCCUAUCCCUGAAAGCAUCAAUAUGAUAGGCGUAUUUAUAGCGCCAGCACUUAAAAUUAUAUCUUUGGAUGCGUACAAUGUAAAGGCUUCGCCGCUCUUAACAAUAACUCUUAGACUUUUAGCCCUGUAUUCAUCGUCAAUAUUAACUUUUGUGACAUAUGAGGUUUUCAAAACAUAUAAAUUCUCACGUUUACUAGCUGGAUUGAGAAAAGCAGUUGCUGUGCUAACUCUUCUGCCUUUGUGAUUUCCUCCUCUUAAUUUGCCGACACCCAUUUGAGUUGGUCCGUUUAAAUCAUCCAAGUACUUUAAGCCCAUUUCUUUGUACGCGUUUGUUAACAUUUCUGCUAUUUCAAUAUGGGUGAAAUUCAAUUGAUCAACAAUGAAUUCGCCUUCAGUACCGUGAUCUUUCCUUAAGUCAGGAUUGUUUAGGAUGAAAGGGUCAACAACUUUUUCACUUUUCAUGAAGUAUUGCUUUAUAGUUUGCCAGUCCCAGCCACCUCCUUUCUCGACCUGCCAAUGUUUAUAAUCACCCUGGCUUCCUCGCAUAUAAAGGAGACCGUUGAUCGAUCCAGUACCACCCAGGACUCUGCCUCGGGGCCAAAAAGAUCUUCUAUCUACACUGCCCUUAUUGGUAUUAUUAUCUCGUUCUGUAUAAUACUGGAAUACGUGUUUGCUUCUGUGUGUGGCUCCUGCAAAAUUUGGUACAAUUGAUUCAAGGGGAGGAUCUUCACCAGCUUCUAUGAGUAGCACCUUCCACUCGGGGAUCUCGGACAGUCUGCUAGCCACGAUGGAGCCCGCAGUCCCUGAUCCCACUACGAUGAAAUCAAAUGUGUCGCCAUAUUUGCAUGGGCAUAUCCUUCCUCACCGUGCUCGUGUUCUACUUGCCGUCGGACAGCGGCGAGAAGGUCUUUGCCUCACUGGGAAUCAAACCUGGGACCUCUGAGUAGGAGACCUUUAAAAGGUUCAUACCAUUCGGCCACGGAGGUUAUCCAAAUAAUAAAUAUGUAUAUAUAACACAGAACAUAAUCCCCCUUAUUAAAAACGAGGACUACGCUUGGAUUAGUUACUUCAUUUUUUGUCUCUGUCUUUUGAAUGACAAAUUACAUUUGAGCGACAUAAACAAAACACAGCGUAUCUAAUCUAAGCUCAUUCCUUGUUUAUAAAUAAGGAGGAAUAUGUUUAAUGUGCAAAGAGAUUUCCACUUGUGCCCUGAUAACGUUGUCAAUAAGUUCACGGAGUUUAAAACCAAUUUAUUGUGCAUCGUAAACAACACAACACAUCCCAAUGAACACGAAAACGAGUUAGUAAAACCAGUUGGUUGAAUCUUUAAGGAAAUUCAAUCACUAUUAAAAUACUUCGACAAAGGGCGGGCGUGUGUGUCUUCAUCUCGAUACCUCACUUGAAAUAACAUUAAUUUUGUAAACAAAUUGUGUGCAACGUUUCAAUAUGGAAACACGUGCUAAGUGGUGUUUAAGUUUUGGAUUGUUAUUAACAGUGAUGAGUACAGUUAACAGUCAGUACCGAUACGACUACAGCUACCAUACUAAAGCGAGGGGAUGGCUGAAGCUCCACAUCAUGCCGUCCACGUUCAAUGAUGCUUUCAGGAUAUGCAACGCUGAAGGUGCAGUGUUAGCGUCCCCACUAAACAUUUUACUGAAAAACGUGAUGAUGACGAUACAGAACAAAAUGGUCGGUGACUCCUGCGCAUUGUACACAGGGAUCCACUCAAUCUUCGCCCAAGGAUCAUUCGCAUCAGUUGAAGGGAAACCUAUAGCCAGACUUGGUAUAGAGUGGGCCCCCAAUGAGCCCGACAACUACAACAACACCGAAAGCUGUAUCGUCAUGCUCCAGAACGGUACCAUGGCCGACGUCCGCUGCACAGAGACAUUUCCCUUCAUCUGCUACAAGAAGAAGUCUAACAACAUGGCGCUUAAUGAUUGUGGAACUAUUGAUAAUGAAUACUCCUUGGACUCUCGCACGGGCAGCUGUUACAAGUUCCACCGAGUGGGUCGCACCUGGAGGAACGCCUACAUGACCUGCAUGGCCGAAGGGGGCCACCUCGCCAUCAUCAACAGUCAAACCGAGAUGCAGGUCCUCAAAGAGCUCUUCGCUAAGCAUCCGACUGAUUCGAUCUCCGCUCAAAGCAGAGACGUUAUUGCGGUUGGCUUCCACGAUUGGGGAGAAAGUAGAGUCUGGUAUACUGUCCACGGACAAUCGAUCGUGGACGCCGGGUACUCGACUUUCGCACAAGGCCAACCGGAUGACGACAAGAGUUUCGACAGCACCGGCUCGCACUGCGGCGGCAUGUUCCGCGACGGACUGCUGGACGACUUCUGGUGCAUCGGCAACACCCUCCCCUUCAUCUGCGAGAAAAGACCCGACAGCUUGACCGCGGAAGACGACGAUCUAUAAUUUAUCUACAAUUAACGCAAA